AUGAGCUUUCUCCCCGUCCAUGCCUCAAAUUCGCUCACUUUGCUCCAUACAUGCCCCACCCUCACGCCCUCGCGCCUUCCCACCACGAACAACAUGGUCACUCAACCAUCAUCAAAAUGCACAAAACCAGGACAGCAUCGGCGGCUCUCCAGCGGCAACGUGGGCUUUGCCAAUGCUUUGCUGCAACUACCCGCAUACGCCGACUGUGCUCGCUUGGCCUCGCGGCUCCCGCCCAGUUGCACGAUUCGCUUCUUUGAUGAGUUAUUCUUGACUUUCUCGGGCAUGCAAUGGCGAAAGACCCCGCGCAUGACCACUUUGCGCCCCAUCCUCUCCUACCCACAAUCUAGUAUGGAUCUUCUACUGCGGUCCAUGAUGAGCCAUCGGCUUUUGCCAGCCCUGCACAAGAAGGCAGGCCCCUACCGAAACGAAUCUGAAUUGCUCUCCUAUCUGGUCAACGUCUUUAUGGGAAGCCGCAAUCGGACAUACUUUCAUACGGAGCGCGAAACGGGCGCCCAAUGGUGCCCGGGCUGCCUUUACCCUCGAUGUUGUGGCCACAACGCCCAUGGUUCAGCUGGAAGUCCAAGAAAACCAUUAUCGGGACUUGAUCCGUGCGCUUUCUCCCAUGGUGAUUACUCCGGCAUCAACCCCAUCCGCGUCUUCCUCGUCCUCGUCGUCUAUGGCGUGAUUCAGAAGCCUUUGAUACACAAGCGAGCUGCGCAACCGUGGCAUCCCAUGCGGGCCGACGUGUCCGUACUCAUUUCAGGCUCUCCCAAUAUGAUGGAGCGAACCCUGCAGAUUGGCGUGCGUGCAUCCUCAGCCCAGUCAGCAGAGUUAGUUUUUGGACUGUCAGCAAUUAAGUUUCAGGAGUAAUGAUUUUAAAUUGAAGAUGAAAAGUUC